AUGGCCUCCUUCCGCGCCCCGGCCUUCCGCCGCCUGGUCACCCGCCCGCUCUCCACGCCCAACCUCGCCCAUAGGCGGUGGGCCCAGGUGCACGAUGUCCGCUACCUAGCCACCCACGGCGCCCAGCAGCGCGUGCUGGCAAAGUACAAGGAAAAGCUCGACCGCAAAGCCAAAGAGACAGGCGUCAAGGACAUUGACGAGCUCAAGGCAGUCUACAAAGAAAAAAUCGAGACUGUGCGGAAAGAGGCAGCCGCGCUGCCCUCGACCGCCGAGACUACUACCGAUCAGCUUCCCUUCAAACCCCCGCCGCCGCCGACAGCGCAGUCUGCCUCGCAGUCGUCCGCUGACUCGAAGCUUCCGCCGGGCGUGAAGACGCUCUCUUCCUUCAUCGAUGUCGAAAAGACGCUGGAGUUGCCCGAGAAGGAGAUUGAGAUGAUCUGGCGUCUGCGCCACGCACGCAAUCCGCAGUCGCUCUGCGCCGUCAUGAAGAGCAGCGGCUGGGAUACGAUAUACAAGAACGCACGCCAGCACCCGCAGUUCGUGCUCCCCAUCCCUCGCCAAAGCCAGGAUGGCCAGGCCGCCGAGAUCCACUUCAUGCAAUGGACCUUCCCCGCGGAAAACUGCGCCACCGUUCUGUUCACCCACCUGGCCGAGUACCAGCUGCGGAGCGAGUUUGCCGCCCCGCACACGACCGUCACGUUCCAUGCGGACAUGGCUGGAUCCAAGGGCUUGGUGCUGGUACAGGGCAAUGUGGUCGAGAAUCGUGGCGUGUCAGUCGACGAGGGCAAGUGGCUGCUGAUGUGCUUGCAAAAAUUCUAUGGCUUGCAGGCCGAGGAGGCUGGUGGCAAGCGCAAGUCGUUGCUGGAGAUGUUCAGCCGUGGUGAUGGCGGCUUCAAGGUCGAGGAGCUUCUAGACGAGGCGGAAAAGAUAUAA